GUUUUGGCCAUGUCCAGUUUUCACUGGAGAAUCAGCAGCUUGUAGGGCCGUGUGCACGACCUUGUAGGAAAUGAUCUGUCCAGGAUUCUGGUAAGGUUGUCGACCCCUACAGCUACUACUAGUAGUACUGCCCUGGUGGUUGUGGAGAAGGGGCUUUGGGAAGAGUCACGUCAGCCCAAUUUGUCAUCCGGGGAAACUUCAAUUGGUCGCUCUCGUCCUCAUCAAGCUCACUGUCGACACUAUGCCCACGCCCACUCAUCCUUUCCGAAAUACAGAAAGCCUUCUUGUCGUCAUUCCGGACGAUAGAAUCGAUGUCGAAGCAGAAGCACAAUUGUACGACGAGUUGUGUGACGAUCAAAUUUCCAUUCGCCCAUCCAGCCGGCCCAAAUCUCCCCAGGAACCACCCUCUAUUUUCUCUCGCGACAUCUGGCUGAACGACAACUCUGGCGCGAGUCUUGCUUUUGCCCGAAACGUACAUAUCGCGGGGUGGACGAGCGUGGGUGAUAAGCUGGGUGGGGCUUAUGUUGUGUAUGAUUGUGUGAUUCGCACAAAAGAGGAUACUACUAUCCACGCACAUAAGCGGUAUAGUGAUUUCGUACUGUUGUACGACGCUCUGAAACAUUCAUUACCUAAACAUCAACACCAUUUCAUCCCAGCCCUUCCCCCGAAAUAUCCCUUCUCGCGCUACCGAGCGGCUUUCCUCGAUCGUCGCCGGAGACAACUACAGUACUGGCUCUCUGCGGUUCUCCUGCACCCCGAGAUUGGUGCAUGUCAGGCUGUAAGAUGGUGGGUUAUGGAUUAGGCAUUUAUCAUGCAUAGUAACACGCGGAGUGCCAAGUACGAGCUGUGACGAUGCGGAUAAUGUCUUUCUUUCUUUAUUGCUGUUUAUUCCGGAUACUACCCUACUUACGACUUACUACUUACUCUGCCCAUGAUAUAUUCAUCAGACUAAACACGCUCCGCAGCGUUCGUCUCCAAUGCACAUGGUCCCAAGUGCUCGUUCACCAGAAGUAAAACAGCAUGCGGAUAUGUGCUGCAGCUCGUACUCUUUUCUGCCCAAUUGCAAACUCCGUAAAUUUUGAUGGAUGAGACAAUACUAGUUCCCUUUUUUCGACUCCCGGGUCAAUAUGCUACUGGUCAACUGGUCAUCCAGGGGUUGCCA